UGUGUAUGGGAUGUUUCACUCAAACAGAAAAGUAUCGAUCAGAUAAAUGAAAAGCUUCUGUAAUGUUGGUCACAAUUUAAACGGAACCCCCCCCCCCAACAAAACAAAUCAGCUAAUGUGAUAAAAAGCAGUACAUUUCCCAGCAUUUUGCGAGAUCCAGGAAGCGGAGAUGCCCAUGAGAGGAGACAGGUUAUUCCCACAUCAGCACCCUAAUAAUCACCACAGCAAGAAUUUGUCAGCAUGGCUCGGUGCUGCCAGCAUGGAAGAACUAAUAUGGGAGCAGUAUACUGUGACCUUGCAAAAGGCUAACAAAAAGGGGUUUGGCAUUGCUGUCUCUGGAGGUAAAGAUAAUCCACACUUUGAGAACGGUGAGCCUUCCAUUGUCAUCUCCGAUGUGCUUCCAGGGGGGCCUGCCGAGAGAUUAUUACAAGAAAAUGAUAGGGUGGUUAUGGUUAAUGGAAUACCCAUGGAUAACGUUUUGCAUUCGUUUGCUGUGCAACAGCUUAAGAAAUGUGGGAAAACAGCUGUCAUUGUUGUGAAAAGACCUCGUAAGGUUCAGGUCACAGCAUCUCCUGAGCCUGACCCUAGAUAUUUUGACCCUAUAGAAGAUGAUCGCAGAAGUGCACACAGUGGAUAUAGUGGGAGCUGGCAUAGUGGUAAUGGACACCGUAGUAGAGACUCCAGCCCAGACAAAAGCUACAUCAGAGAACAAGAACGAGGCCGUUCAUUUGAGAAGGAUCAAGAACGGGUACGUGGGAGAAGCAGGGAGAGAGAGCUGGAUGAUGAGCACGAAUACAGAAGAGAGCACAGCCAGGGCAGAGGUAUUGAACGAGACCUGACUGAAGAGCACCGAUACAAGAGAGACCGGGGCAGGAGUGUGGAUAGGGAGGAGUCAUUUGAUCGCAGCUAUAGUGGAGACUAUAGUCCAGAUCGAGGGAUUGGCCGGCGAGUACCAACAGACUACAAGAAUGAUAAGGAAAUGCAACAGAGCCGAGACAGGCUUCAGUCCCACAGUCCUUCACCUGAGCCGGAUAGACUUUAUGCUCAGCCUGUACACAAAGGACAGAGGAAGCCUGUUGGUGUUCUUCUCUGCAAGAACAGACCCAAUGAAGGUAAUGGUGGGAAGGAGGAGGAUGUGACGGUCAACCUUAGCCAACAUGUUCUGACUGAUAAUGAGAGGCGAGUUCUCAUGAAGGGCCUCUCCUUUGUUCCAACAACCAUACCUGACGACUUUGCCACCUAUAUCGAUACUAUGCGUUUCCAGAGACAACUAAAAUUGGGAGAUUUUUUCCAGGGGAAGGUGAUGGAAGAUAACAGACAUCCUUUUAAAAAACCCAGCACGUUUGAACCUCCCACAACUAACCCGAGCAUCAAAACCUUCACUCGUCUUGUACAACAAAGAGUAAGACAGGGGGAACAUGGCCCAACUAGAAACAACAUGACAACAAGUGAUUGGGAAGCUGUACAAUCUCUUAGAAAUGACUCUACAAUAGUCAUACGUCCAGCGGAUAAGGGUGGUGCGGUUGUCCUGCAGGAUUACCAGGAGUACAAAGCAGAAAUAGACAGACAACUGGCGGACAACUCCACUUAUAGGGCUCUAUCCUGUGAUCCCACCAUUUCUUAUAAAACACAGAUUGAUUCUGUUAUUGAACACGCAGCACGAAUGAAUUGGAUAGACUCAACUACUAAAGAAUGGCUGACAACCGACUAUCCAGUGAGACCAAUACUGUAUACGUUACCAAAGAUACAUAAACAAUUGAUAAACCCACCUGGACGCCCCAUAGUUUUAGCACGGGGGUCAUUGUUGCAACCCUUGGCCAAGUUUGUUGAUGCUUUACUACAACCUCUAGUGGUUAACAUGCGAUCUUAUCUACGGGACUCCUCUGCCCUUAUCACGUAUCUUACCAAAUUGACUGACAUACAACCAGGUGAUGUGCUUGCUAGCCUGGAUGUCACAAGCUUGUACACCAUUAUACCACACGAAAUGGGGAUGGAGAUAAUCACCAACUGCCUUGAUAGAUGCCCCUUUGUGGGACCACCAACCAGUUUUAUUGUUGAACUCUUGUCCCUAUGCCUCAAAUUGAACUAUUUUAAGGAAAAGUGCAGCAAUUCAAAUUUAACCAACGUAACCCUUUCAUAUAUAAAAUGCUUGGGAUCUGUCCUAAUUUCAUACAUACAUGCAAUGCAUGCAUACAUACAUACAUACAUACAUGCUUGUGUGAUUUAUAAUUGUUCUGUUGAAUUUACUACUAUUUUUUUACAGGCCGAUGGAAAUGAUGAUGAUGAUGAUGACAGAAUGUCCUACCUAACAGCAAUGGGGGCCGACUACCUGAGCUGUGACAGCCGCUUAGUCAGUGACUUUGAAGAUACAGAUGGGGAAGGUGGCGCCUACACAGACAAUGAGCUGGACGAGACUGUUGAUGAUCCUUUACCAGUUUCUGCCAUUAGUCGCUCUUCUGAGCCUGUCCUUCCAGAAGAGCCUGUUAUAAAGCCUAUACCAGAGGUCAAAGCCCAGAUGAGAAGAGCUGGCAGCAGGGAAGUACUGCGGGACCCAAGUCCACCUCCGUCUUUCAAGCCUGAGCCACCCAAAGUAAAGCCCCAAGGCAAAGAUGACCUGUAUGACUCUCCUCGCAGCUAUGAAGCCAAACGCAACAGUUCCAGUGUAGCCAGCGGUGAGACAUCUGGGGGAUCAUCUAAGGCAAUCCCUCCUCCUACUGCUGCGAAGCCUGUGCUUGUUGGAAAGCCCAUCUUAAAACCUUCACUGCCUGUAAACCCAUCUCCAGCAAAAUCAGAAGAACAAAACCCAGUUGAUGAAAAUGCUCCCAAAUCCGUACUGGGAAAAGUUAAAAUAUUUGAAAAAAUGGACUACAGUGCAAGAGCACAGAGGAUACAGGAGCUGCAUGAGGCACAAAAUGCAAGAUUGGAACUCGCACAGAAGCUUCCUGAUAUUUAUGCUGUACCAAUAAAGCCUCAAAAAAAUGAUCAGAAUCGUCCUCAACAAACAAGUUCUCGACCUCCAGAACCCCAGAAACCUCCAUCAUGGUCUUACCUUGAUAAGAAAGCGAGCUAUGGGAGUGAUGAUGAAGAAGAAGAAGAAUAUCGCCGCCAAUUAGCUGACCAGUCAAAACGUGGUUUUUAUGCACCACCUACCAAAUAUAGAGACACAGAACUGUGAAAGAUCACAGAAUACUAAACGGACCAUAUAAAUACUGCACAGUCUUUACAGCUGAAUCUAGGACGGUAAACGUUUGUGUAACCUACUGUAUCUAAGCGCCUACUUAUUGUGUUAUGACUGUGUUUUGCCCUAUUCUGUGGGUGAAUGCUGAACAUGCAGAAAUCUUGAACUUUUUAUAUUCUAAAUACUUUUUAUCAUUUUAAAAGUUUUGCAGACACUUGAAUUGCUUUUUUCCCCCUAAAAUAACUGGAGCCACUGAGGUACAUUAUGUAAAUAAGCUACCCUUAGAACAUUGCCUUUCUUGUGUUUCUCAUGAGCCUUCAAUGUUACUUUGUCCUGUAAUUAAUCAGCAUUAAAAGCACACAAUGUUUAAUGCAUUUGUAUAGAGUUGGGUUUAUCUUUUCUUCCAAUUUCAUUCCAAAAAAGUGUUCUUCAAGUGCCUUUCUGCAGAACUGUCUUGCGUAUCUUGCACUAACAUGUGGCCGUAAAGCAAACCUGUUUAAUGGUUGCUCCUAGGCUUCCCUACAUUUUAUUUUUUAAAUCAUGUGAUCAAUGAGCUACUGUAAAUUUAGUAUAAAUAAAUGUUUCAGAUAAUCUGCCUGUUACAAAGUCAGGCUUGUGUAUGUGUAAGCCAUUCAAUACAACAUAAAGACAUGAAUAAAAAUAAACUGCUACAAUGUUAA